AUGCCCCGGUUUCUACAGCCUAAGAAGUCGACGCAGCAUCGUGUAGCAGCGAUCGCUCUAUACAGAGCGUUGCUUUCAGGAUGCUCUUCUGCCGCCCUCCCAGAUGACGACCGCACGUCGUUGCGCAAUGCGAUUCAGAACAAAUUCCGCCAGAACAGAAAGUUACAAAGUCCCUACCAGCUAAGACUAAGCUUCCAACUCGGCUACGAGACACUGGACAAGCUCGAUGCCUCAAGCGCAGAUGAUACUGCUGGCGCAAACACUUUCUUACAGCUCAUCGCUGCACUACCGCGCGGCCUCACCAACGCGCCCCCAACGCGUCGUCCUCCACCACCUCCACCCCCACUGCACCCGUCCGGCAAACAUCCCCUCGCGGUCCUGCCCCCCGAGAGAGCCGUGCUCAAGGUCCGCCCCUACGCAAACGUCUCUGGACCCCGAAAGGUCCCCGUCAUCGCCUCGGCAAACGGCGUCCCCUUCCUGCGCCUCACGAAACCGCAGCCCGCUGCGCUGAGUCGUGUGUUGCGGCAGAAGCUGGCGCGCAGGGUAGCGCGCUUCCACAGGAAAGUUGAGCUGGAUAACUACUGGCUGCCGUUGGCCAGGCAGGAGGAUGAGUGGGAUGUGCUGAUGAUGGCGCAGCUCAUGUUCAAGGAGGAUAAAGUCAAGUGGACCGAUGCCGUACACGAGGCAGUCAGGCAGAACCUCGCAUUGUAUGAAGGGGAGUUGGCACAGGACAGGGAGAUUAUUCACAAGAUGCAGAGGAUCGUGGAUGAGGAGACUGAGUUGGCGCUCAAGGAGGGACAGGAGGUGAUCAGGGGGAGGAGGAAGGCACCGAUACGAGUUCUUAAGCCCUGA